GUAUGAAGAGGAGGCGUUGCUCUGGCAGGAAGGGAUUGCUUACCACAAGAGGUAUAUGGCCGGCCCGCGACUGGUGGCUGAACUUCAGGGCUCAGCCAAACGCAUGGUUGUGGGCAAGUCUGCGAACUGGGUGUCCUAUGCAGGGGGCGUGGAAGUCCUCAUGAGGCAUCUGCGGGAUUGCCUCGGGAGACCUCAGGUCACAGAACUGACGGAGUACCUCAAUCAAUAUUUCCGACACUCAAGGCGUCGGAAUGGUGAGUCAAUCAACGAGUAUGUGACGCGGAAGAGUGAGAUUUACAUGAGAGCACAGCAAGCACUCAACCGUGUCAAGCCGCACCAGGAGGUCGCGGCAUCGCGAGUGUCCCGCGAAGCCGGGUACUCAGUGCGACGCCGCAGCAGCUGGACCUCGGAUGCGACAACCACGGCGGUGGAUGGGGAUGAUGACGACGCCGAGGCCUCUACAGAAAACACACAGUCAGCCACAUGGGACAGCCAAGGAUCCUACGGAGGCUGGGGUGGAGCAGGAGGCUAUUGGUCGGGCAAUUCCUACCCCGCCUGGUGGUCGACCUCGUCGUGGAGCUGGGCAGACAGCAGAGGUUACGGUGAGCCGGGCGCCUCGCAAGGCGCAUGGGCCUCCAUCACCGCCGGGUCAACCGAGCUGUUACCCGAAUGGGUGCAAGCCUGGUACCUCCUACAGGAUGCCAACCUCAGCACGAGCGAGCGCAACAUGAUUUUUACUGCACUGAAGGGGGAAUUCAGUGUGGUCAGAGUGGCACAGGAAUUGAGGAACCAGUGGACCGAGACCGACCUCAAGAAGCGUGAUCAGCACUAUAAGGGUUCCGGCUUCCUCGGAGAGACCGGGGAGGACGAGGACUUCGAGAUCCAGGAGGCCUGGCAGACGGGCGAGAUGGGUGAGCACGACGGCGACCUGAACGACGAAGGAGCGGCCCUCGUCGCGGAGGCCGAGGACGAUGCGCGCCAGGCCUGGGCGGUCUUGCAGAAUGCCAAGCGCACGCUCAAGGAUGCGCGCCAGCGGCAGCAUCAGGUUCGCAUGUCCCGGAAGUACUACCAACCAGGUGGAAGCGGUGCUCAAGCCAGCUCGAGACCAAGGGACGACUCCAAGAUGACGUGUCUAAAAUGUGGCCAAGUAGGACAUCGAGCAGCGAACUGCCAGCAGGAAAAGGCCCACGCCGCCGAGGACCAGUCAGCUCCCUUCGUUUGCUAUGUCGAUCAGGCAAUGUUGGGGGACCAAGGCAAUUCAGGACGAGCUCCCACAACCUCCGAGGCCACACAGGCUGGAUGGGGUGUCAUCGACGGAGGUGCGACACGCACCUUGGGCUCCGUCCAGGCCAUUGAGGCAUUGAUGCGGGCCAAUGAAGGCAAGCGCGGAACCACGGGUGUGAAGAAUGUGGACCUACGGAAUCGUCCGGUGUUUGGUUUCGCGGACUCCGGCGAGGCGAAGUGCGUGUCGACCAUCGAUAUGGGCCUUCAUGCAGGAGGCAAUGAAGGUAUGCUUCGAGUGCACGCACUCAACAAGGGCUCCGGACCAAUCUUGGUCUCCGUGGCCACCCUCCGAGCCCUCGGCGCGAUCAUUGACUUCGAGGAGGACAUCCUCGUGCUUCGAAAGCUGGACCCCACCAAGUUGAUCCGCCUUCAGAGAUCUACCACAGGUCACCAGCUCGUCAAUUUGACUGACGACCUUUUUCAGGAAGCCACCACGGCCAAACAGGAGUCAAGCCCACCCCGAGCGACACAACACUACAUGCGCAGCAGUGCCGUGAUCCAAGUGGACAUAGUGACGAUCCUCCCGGCUCGCUCCUUCCUCAUGCCGGCCAUGGACAAGAUGAACACCAAGCAGCUGCGCGAUGCCAUCCAGACGUUUGGCGAGAUCCCCGCCGAGAGCUGGAACAACUCCCAGUUGCGACAUCGCCUACAAGAACUGAUGGACGAGCAGGACGAGGAGUGGGCCAGCACUCCGGGACGCCGCAAGGACACACCCCUGCAACAACAGAUCAAGCAGCUCAACCGCAACAAGCGCAAGAAGGCCGACCUGCAGGAGUAUGUGUCCAAAGUGCUCGGACUUCCCGUGUCCGAGAACGAGACAAUGUGGCAACUCGAGACCAAGGCCCUCGACCACCUCUACUUCAAUGUGGAAAGCUGUUCUCGGGAUGUUGUCGGGUUCGGGCGGCACUCCAACCUGACCUACGGGGAGUUGGUUCAGCAGUUCCCUCGCUAUGUGGACUGGGUCAAGACCACACACAAGGAGACCGAGGAGACGAACCCACGGUUGAAGCGAUUGGCCGAGUGGCUGCUUCGAGCCACGGAGGUGAGCGAGCCGAUCCAACGGCCACUGACAACCCGGGAUCCACAGCGCUUGCGGCUGAAGAUCAAGGGCGGGUACGUGGUGGAGCCCGAGUACGAGCCUCCACAGACGACUAUGGCAGCAUCCAGCACGGGAACACCAUAUCCCGCAGAGCAGACGGAACUCAUGGCCACCAUGAUGGAGACGAUGAAGGGGAUGCAGGAGGAGCUCAAGGAGCUUCGCCAGAUGGGGCCGGUCACGGACGAGCGACCCCGGAAGAAGGUGCGACACUUAGAACAGCAGGCACAAAGCUUAGUCCCAGGGUUGAUGCAACAACUCUUGGCCGAUGAUGGGCUCGGAGGUGAUCUUAGCACUUCGGAAGGGCUGAGGUUUGUGAUGGACCGGAUCAGACUAGAACGGCCCCAGAAUGUUUGGAUCAACCUCCCAGGCGGUUGGUGGAACAAUUGGAUCUUCCGUGUCGCUGUGGUAAGAAUUACCAACAUGGCCGGUGCGAAGGAGUUCAGCUAUAGCACCUUGAUUCAGGAGUGUGACGGGAGUAGUGGGUUGCCUGAGAGUUUCGGUAGUGGAGAAGUGUGUACCUGUGGGGAAGGUAACCCAGGCUCCAAAGAGGAAGAGAUCCCCGAACAAGGCAUGUAUGCCCAAGGCGAGAAACAGCAGGUGGAAGAGUUAGCCGAGAUAGGCAGGAAUUAUGGCAUCACCAACAAAACAAUGGAGUUUCCUCAAGUGACGGCGUACAUCAACCAAUGGUUAGCUAGGAAUCUCCCCAAAGGAGCCAAGUGGACCUCCUUUGUUUUAAGCACCAACAACAAGAUGCCCAUCCAUCGUGACAACCACAACGACUCCCAGCAUCAUAACUACGUGAUAGGAGUAGGGCAGUACAAAGGAGGAGAAGUGUGGGUGGAAACCCCACCGGGAUACACGGGUCCUGACGCCUGCGCCCAGGAGGCGUUGGAUGGAACCGUCCUACAGGGACGCAAGCUACCAACGCAGGGCCAGUGCGUCAAUUUCUCACCGAAGGCCUGGCAUGGGACAUGUGAGUGGACAGGGGACAGAUUUACUGUAGCCGCGUAUGUGAGCCGUGGAGGACAUUGGGUGCACCCUCAAACUCAUGAGAAGCUGCAGUUCAUGGUGAUUGUGGAUGAGUGUUCGAGAUUUCGUGCGGCUAGGAGCCAACAUGUAGAAAGUUUCUGUGACCGUCAUCAGAUUCUCUUGGACAUCAUCCCAGGGGAAGCACAUUGGAAACUCGGGAUUUGCGAACAGGGAGUGAGCUCUGAGGAAGCUUUGGCGGUAGCGGUCAUGACUUUCAACCAUCGGGAUGUUGUUCGAGGGUUUUCUCCGGUGCAGCAUGCGCUGGGUCACAAUCCUGAUCAAGUAGGUGAAGUUGAACGAGCGGCCCAAUUGAGGGCAGCUGCUGAGGGGGAGUUAGUGUACCUAUGGCGAGCCCAGACGGGACAACAGGGACGACGACAGCCCGGAGACAAGCACGGUCAGUUUAUAGGUCCAGCCCGGAUUCUGGCUACAGAAAAGAAAAAGGAUGAGACCGGGCACCUGGUGCCCGGUAGUUCGGUAUGGCUGGUCAGAGGCAGAAGCCUCAUCAAAUGUUGUCCAGAGCAACUACGACGAGCGUCCGAAAGAGAGGAGCUGCUGGAGAUGCUAGCCAAGCCUGAAGACCGGACUCCGUGGACUUUCCAAAGAGUUGCCGCCGAGAUCGGUGGAAACCAAGUGAAGGACUACUCGCAGCAGCAACCCACUUCCCAAGAGUGGCAUGGGGCCCAGGACACCGAGGAAACGGCGCCGCCAACGAGGAUGCGCUUCCGAGGGAAGCGACCCCAGCCGGAAGCAGUGGAACCCACUAUAGAGGAGGAGGACCAGGGUACCUCUUCGCCCUCGGCCAGUUCGAGCCGAGCGCGGUUAGGAAAUCAACCGGGCAGUGGCUUCCAAGCGGCCGAGGCUUGGUGGGCAUCAGUGCCUGAGAAAGACUGGGAGGACCAGCCGGCAGCCUAUUGGAAUGAUGAGAGUGCGGCAGUGUCAGUGGAGAUAGAGCUCCCCACUAACGUGCGAGGUCUUCAGAAGACUUUGCACCACCUUCCAGCUUACUUUGUGGGCGCCAUGAAGCGCCGAGCCGUAGAAGUCUGCGAGAGGAAGCUGACUCCUUCACAGAAGGAGGAAUUCAGAGCCGCAAAGAAUAUUGAAGUGCGCAACUUCAUCGCCUCGAAGGCCUUCGAGACGCUACCGGAUGAGCUUCGCCCCAGCCGAGAACAAGCCAUCAACAUGAGGUGGAUACUUACGUGGAAAGCCACAGACUCAGGGGGCCAAAAAGCAAAGGCCCGUGCAGUGCUUUUAGGGUACCAGGACCCUAAGUACGAAUUCCGCUCGACUACAGCUCCAGUAAUGACGCGUCAGACGCGUCAGAUGCAGCUACAAUUAUCUGCAAACCGCAACUGGACUGUGCAGAAGGGAGACGUGUCGGGAGCAUUCCUGCAGGGCAGAGAAUACCCGGAUCAGCUGUACUGCAUACCCUGCAAAGAAAUCUGUGAGGCUAUGGGGGUGCCAGAGGGCACCAUCACACGUCUCAAGCGGGCGUGUUACGGGCUCGUAGACGCGCCAUUGGAAUGGUAUCGGACAGUAGAUGAGUACUUGUGCGAGCUCGGACUAGAACGUACAUAUGCAGAUGCAUGUGCCUGGGUCUGGCGGCCCAAAGGAGAGCUACGUGGCAUGAUCUCAGGCCAUGUUGAUGAUUUUCUUUUCAGUGGAAGCGCCGACGACGCAGAGUGGCAAGCGUUGCUGGAAAAGAUUCGACAGCGAUUUAAGUGGGGUGAUUGGGAACAGGACAAGUUUGUUCAGUGUGGCGUGCAAGUGGAGCGAACACCGGAGGGCUUUCAGCUGAGUCAACCCAACUACUUAGAAGGGAUCAAGGAAAUCCCCCUCUCCUCAAGCCGUCGGAAGGAAAAAGACGCUCCCACAGGAGAGCGUGAGAAGACGCAGCUAAGGGCCCUAUUAGGAGGACUCUCAUGGCACGCCCAACAAGUUGCCCCGCAUCUAUCUGCCGAGGUGAGUUUGUUGCUUUCAGAGAUUUCUGAGAGCAACGUGAACACGAUUAUCAAGGCCAACCUUUUAGCAUACCAUGCUAAGGCCCGCCAGGACCACAGGAUGUUGAUACAUCAGUUUUCUUCUGAGGAGACCAUGGUGCUCUUUGGAUGGGUGGAUGCCGCGAGCCAGAACCGCCGAGAAGGAGGUUCCACCCAAGGGAUCUUCAUAGGAAUGGGAUCUGCAGGCAUGUUGCAUGGGGAGCUUGGAAGGGUUACGCCUAUAGCAUGGCAUUCCAACAAGAUCGACAGAGCAUGCAGGUCACCGGGAGCAGCUGAAGCGCAAGCAGCAGUUAACGGUGAAGAUGCUUUAUACUUUGCUCGAUACCAAUGGAGUGAGCUUUGCUUUGGUAGCAUAAACCUCCGACAUCCCGAUGAAACGGUUGCUAAGGUCACAGGAUGCCUGGUGACAGACUCGAGAAAUGUGUAUGACAAGCUUUCUACUGAGGUACUCGUCAUAAAGGGUGCGGAAAAGCGCACCAACAUCGAGCUGCUGGCUAUCAAGGAGGCUCAAAGGAACCACGGGGUGCUCAUACGCUGGGUACAUUCUGAAGCGCAGUUGGCCAAUGCCCUCACCAAACAUGGGAGCAAGGAAAUGGAGUUGUACUACCGAAUGCGCCACUCUUGGCGCAUAGUGGAGGAUCCUGAGAUGAUGUCUGCACGGAGGAACCGGGGCAUGCAGGUGAAAUCACCUGGCUGCUCUAUCACAGAUGCGACACCGCCCCGCCUACUCCAGCUGACUGCCAGUAUCCGCUUGAGUCAUGGGCUGGAUGUCCUCACUGGCAAGGCCAUUGGAACAGAGCUCAAGAACGCAGAUGAAAGCAAGGUGAACAUGACGAUGGAAAGAGUCGUCGAGCUGCUCAAAGCUCUGAGCUCAGAAGCCAACCGCUUCGACUACGAUUCGUGGCUGGUCCUCGUGCGGGAUAACAACGACUACAUGGAAGAGUUGGCCCAGGAGUUCAAGGAGCAGAAGCACGAAAUCCGAAAGAUGCUCAUGAUCAACUCUAUUGAGGCCAGCGAAUUCCUCAACAGCAGGCUCCUCAUCGCUGCGACGAACUUCACCAAGUGGUUCGAGAAGAUGCGUAAACUUGCCGAUGAGUUCGAGGAUUUCGUGGCCAAGCAGCGUAUGAUGCGAGGUGCGCCGGACCGAAUGCUGGCCAGGGAUCGUUUCUUACUCCAUUCUCGCCUGCGGAAAGAGACCUCAACAAGAAUGCACGAAAUCCGGGAGGCCUUGAAAAAGCAGGCGACCUCCAAUCACAACCGGCGUCUCGAUGCCCAAGUGGAGCUGAGGUUGAGUGACAGGCAGGACAUGGAAACGGACGAGAGUGCGGCUUUCGAGCAUCACAAGCGCUCGCGGAAGCGAAAAACCACCGGCGACGUAUCCACUGCCCGCCGUUCCUCUCUGGCGAGCAAGAGGAGCAGCCAUAUGGAGGAGCAAAUCUUCAACUACAUCCAGAAUGCAAGACACUACUUGGACGAGGUGUCCCUCUUGGUUCAGGAGAAGAACGAGAAGGAGGGUCGGGCGAAAGACAUGCUCUUGAAGUUGCACUUCAAGCAGCUCGCCAUGGAGAGGAAGAAGCUUCGUGCAGCCGCAAAGGAAGGCUCCAGUACCUUCGGCUCCUCCGCCUUCGAGAGUGUGAUGCCUGGGAGAUCUGCCGCUUUGUAUGCCCACAAGAAGCGGCAUCAGCAUGAGGACUUCAACGUGAGCAGUCACCUCCUUCAGCAGGUCGCCAUCUGCAGGGAGCUGAACGCUUUGACGGUGAAUGUGGAGUUGAACCACAUUUGGACUGGCGUGGAGGGACAAUACUUGAUGAAGGCCAACAGCCCGAAGCCAAAGGUCAAGAAACAGGUACAACCACCGCCCGAAGAGACGAAGAAGGAAGCUGUCGCUGCGACGCCACAAACUCCAGGCGAGCUCUUCAAGCAAAAGGGCCGUCAGACGGCCAUCGCCACCAGCACCAUCCUAGCGAUGCAGGCCAUCCAAGCUGAACACGAGGCCGAGUUGAGAAAGCAAGUCGAGGACCAGAGAGCCAAGGAGAGGCAAAGGGCACUGGAGCUGGAGCAGCAGAGAGCUGCUGAGGAGGCAGCAGCAGCAGCGCAAGAGGCCGAGGAGCUGGAGGAGGAUGAUGACGAGUUGAUGAACUUUCCGCCGAACUUCUCCGUGGUGGACGUCCAGCUGCUGCUAAGUGAUGCUGCUGUGCGUCGCACCGAACGGCUUCGCGAUCUCCGCAAUGUGCUGCAAGGACUCGUCUCUGCUCUUCAGGAGAAGUUUGGCGCAGAAUCCUGGGUCUUUUCUGGCCCGGAGUUGAAGGCUCAUUCGAAUCUGAACCCCUGGGGGUUCCUCGUGCCAGAGAUGGAGAAGGAGAUGAAAAGCUUGGGAGAAAGUGGCCGCUGGUUCCUCUCGCGCAACGACGCGGGUGUCUUGCAGGACAUGUUACGCUCCAUGAGAUCGGUAAGGUCUCAGAUGAAGAUCGAGGGCGGGAGGAGGAAGAGCCAGGCGAUUCAGAGCGAAGAAGCGUGGCAGUUCAUCUCUGAAGAUUCCAUCAAAGAACUUCUGGAAAGGCUUCUCGAAUUCCGGAAAAAUUUGCAGGUGCGGAAGCAGAAUGCCGCAAAGCUUGACAUUCGAGCAGAGCUCACGCAGGAGCUGGCACAGCUGCAUCCGCAGCUACGAAGUGGCUAUGGACUGGUGCAGAAGAUGCCGUUUGAAGGUAAAGAGAAGAAGGAUCUGGAAGCUUCUGUGGAAGAUGCUGCCGAAAUGUUGCAGGCGGAUCAAGGUGUCUCCGAGAAGUACCAGGAGGAGUUCUGCGGCGGUUGA